AAAGUGGCGUGUUACUAAAGAGAAGCAGAAGGAAACGUGUGACCAAAUACCUUCUACGCUACAGCUAACGUUACUUAACGCUAUAGAAACAGGGAAAUGUAGCUAACGUUAACGUACCAAUCUAAACUUACAAUACAACACAUUAGGGGCAGUUGUUUGUGUGGAAUACUCCUUGUCAAUUUUAUGUCUGUAAUGUCCUUUUCCGUUAUGCUGAAUAUUCCAGCUAAAAUGGGGGACCAUGUUGAGCUACAGGUCACUCCUGAGACUCCAGGCAGGCCUUCAGUAAGAAACCCUUUUGAGAGUCCCAAUGACUACCACCACCUCCGGGAAACCCUGGUACCAAGUCCAUCUGUCUUCAAGUCCAAGCCUUGCAAAACUACUCCACCCAAGUUUAACUGGUCAAUUGAUGAAAUGUCCAGUCUUCUCCCAGUACACAUAGACCAGGAGGAAAUCCAGCGACAGUCAUUCUACCUCAGCCAGACAAGGAUGGAUACUGACAUUGAGGAAAAGCGUCAGAAUGCUAUUGAGCAGUUUUUCACCAAAGGAGCCAUCGUGCCCUCGCCCUGGGCGGCACCAGACACCCGUAAAGGCCCUCAGAUGUAUACCAAAAGUUCUAAGUCUGCAAUGAUUGUAGAGGAGCCAGAAAGAAUCUCAGUUGCUUGUCAGACGACUCUUUCGUUACCUUUGGCCUUUGAUUUGGAGAAAAUACUAGGGGAUUAUUACCGCUACGAGGAAACAGGUGAUGCUGUGCAGGAAAGUCUCAGUUCGUCCUCCUUGAGACGAAAACUCUUCCUCGAUGGCCAGGGCACUUACAGCGGCUCUGACAGCUCCAGCCCACCAAGCCCAGAGAGAAUCCAAACCGCGCAGGGGAGGCUUUCUCUGAACCGAGGAGAGGGAGCUCUCGGAGGGGUUGCAGGUUCUGAGGGAGAAGCGUCUAUUUUCUCCUCUCCUUUGUCCUGUGGCGUGUCGGUUCCUACUCCCUCUACGGGUCAGUUCUCGUCCAGUCCCAUCCAGCAUGGCCGCUUCCGGGACUGCAGCCUCGGCAGCAUCACCAGUCCUCUGUUCCCCGAUAGGUCGUCUCCUGCUGGCCUCGUCUCCCCCACAAUUUCUCCUAUUGUUUCACAUGCAGCACGUACACCCAUAGGCUCAGCUGAGAGGAAGAAGCCGAGCAAUUUGACUCCGCACUGCGUCCCCCUGGACAUAAAUGUCCCUCCCUGCAAUGUGAGUCCAUUUGUCGAGGGUUGCUCUCCGAUCCGUAGCUGCUCCCCAAAACAGCCCCAUUGCCACAAUGAGCCCCAGCACAAUGCCAGACCAAAGCCCCGACCCAGAGUCCGCUGCUGGGCCUCCCCUCCGCUCAUCUCUCCGAUCCUCAACCCUAAGCUCCAAGACUAUCAGGAGACUGAGGACCAACUCCCCUUCUCCCCCUCCUCCAUCGCCUCUUCUCUCCCCCCUAUGGAGCUGGAUCCAUCUUCACCCCUGACCCGCGACACUCGCCACCCAGAUGAACCUGAGCGAGUGAGCCUGGAUCCUAUGGAACCUGUGAAAAUGGAGGAGGGCAAGGAGACCGAGAUGGGAGGGAGGUUGGAGGACGAGGAGGAGGAAGGCGGAUUGCCUUCGGGACUGCUGACCAGCUCUCGUAUGGGCAAUGUGUCGGCAACAGAAAGCUCUCGUAUGUUUGUGUCCCUUCUGGCAGAGGGAAGCAGCAUACGCUACGAUUCCAGCAUGCAGGUGGACAGCGGGUACAACACUACCUCAGCAGGCACCGCCAGUCUUAUAGAUGGCCUCAGCUCAGACUGUCAUGGCAAAGAGUCCUUCAGUUCAAACCUGGCAGAAGAAGCCUUCCAACUCACUCGACACACUAAAGUAAAGGUAUUUUACCCUCACCACUGAGCCAUCUGAUUGAUGCGUUUAAAGACUCCUCUUCCAGUGGAAGCUUAAGAUGAUUCUUUUGCAAUCGAAUACAACAAAGUUUACACAAUGUUUUUUUUGUUUUUUUUAAGCAUUAAUGUUGCAUUAAUUUGGUUCGGGUGCAUGAGGUCAACGGUUAAAUGCAGUAUGAACUGAGGGGUUUCACAAGUGGUUAUUUUUUAAAAGGUUUAAAGUUCAAGUUGUCAGACUGAAAGCAAUCGCUCGACCAUAGCAUGUUUUAUCACAGGUUAGAGGGGAGAAGACUUUUCAUUCCCACUGUAACACACUGAAAAGCUAUACUUAUCAGGCCACUGUUGCAGUACUGGAUGCUGCGGUGACGAGGGAGAAGAAGAAAAAAAUGUUCUGUAUCAAACUUGCACAACAGGAACCUCCUCGAAUGCUGGAUUUAUGCUGAUGUCAUCGUUUCAGUUUUAUUUGUGCUGACAUGUUCGACCUGAUGGAUCCCGACUUUCAGAUGACAUCAGAUUUGUACUGUAUUUAUCUUUUUAUAAAACAGUUUAUCAUGAUGGUUUUAUGAGAGAUUUUUCUUGUAUUGAAUUAAUUGUUAAAAAAAUUCAGGUUACUUGUGGAUCUUAUUUAGGAUUGUCAGAAUAUUUAUUCCUGAAUAAGACACAUAAUGCCACUAGCGAAUUAAAAGCCUAAUGAGUC